AUUAUCCAAGCAAACUGAAAGAUUCAAAAAAAAAACUCAGGAACAAUUCAUACACUUCAAAUUCACCGUCAUUAUGUUUCGAAAGCUGAAAAUCACCCGUGAAAAAAUAUCAUCCGCAAGCGAUUUUCUCAGGAAAAGCAAUCUUUACUUGCUUCAACAAGAGGCCUACGAAGAGGCGAACAAAUGGAACCAGAAACGGGGGAAAGGCAUUUUGACAGAUACAUUUCUCUCCAAGCAGUCAAUACCACGCACCUAUAGUAUCCGGUUGGCAAAAACCCAAGACGAAACCCACAUAAUGCACUUCAUACGGGAGAGCUUCUUCCACGAGGAGCCAUUGAUGCGAAGUCUGAAAAUUACAAAAUCUGUUGCGAAUACCGUCCUGGAACGGCAUAUGAGUGAGCUCUUGAAACAUGGAUUCAGCAUGUUAGCUGUUACAAACGAAGAUCGAAUACUGGGAGUUGCUUUGAACAAACGAAACUGUCAGUGGGAUGGAGCCAAGCUCAAAGAGCAAGCGGACAUGAUCCAAUGUGAUCCUCUAAGAAAGCUUUUCUACAUAAGAUCGAUCGCUUCCACGGAAUCGCAAUUGCACGAAAAGUUAAACACUUUGUGCAUUUUUGAGAUUGCCAUUCUCGCGACGGCACGUGAGGCCAAACGCCAGGGUAUCGGAUAUCAAUUAACGCUUCACUCGUUGCGUUUGGCACGUGAUUUGGGCUACGAGGUGGCUCGUAUGGACUGCACCAACGAGUUCAGCUCAAAGGUGGCUGAGCGCGUAGGUAUGGAGUGCAUGUGGUCGGUGGCGUACGAACAUCUGGUGGACUGUGAUAAAAUACCAGUGGUGAAACCGGACGAGCCUCACACCCACUUCCGGGUACACGCAGCUCGACUGAAGGACCUUUGAACGGGACCCAUCGCUAGUAGUAUAUAUGGGACGCAGGUUGUUUUCAUUGAAUAAAUUAUCGUAAUUCAAUUAGGCUGCCUGUUUUAUCAUAACACUACGAAUUACAACAUUUUUCAAUUGGCAAACAUUUUAAAACCAUCAAUUUCCUUUUAUGUUGGAUCGGACGGUUUCUGCAUUUUCGAUUACGACAGCGUUGAAAAAAUUAUCCAAAAAUAUAUAUCUAUAAUAUUUUUUUUCUAUUGAGAAUAUGUACAAGUUAUCUCUUUAUCGUAGGACUACGUUAAGGGGGUAUUCUAGUCUAGAAACUGGUAAAAAUCGAUGUUUUCCUUCGUAAUUCUGAUGUUUUCGAAUUUUUUGUCGAGUUAAAGUCAAUAUAUGAUUUCCAAUGCAACGUAGUCCGAAAAUCUUAUAUCUUACAUCAUCCUACAGAACUUAGUGAAAAUUAUUUUUUUUCGAAACUGCUUGAAAGGAAUAGCUAGUUAGAAAAUGAAUUAAUAGUGAAAUAAAAGUACACUGAGAUGGAAUUUUCACUACAAAAUAACGAGAGAUUACAUAUGGAAAUUAUUGAAAAAUUCUCUAUCUAGAAAAUUUGCAAAGAAUUACAAGAUUAUGCGUACAAAACAAGGCUCGGCAAAGUGAUAUUCGACUGAAAAUCGCCAAGGAAUUAUGAAACCCCCAACCGUCGCAUUCAAUUGGAAAUGUGUUUUAGCUUAUUCCAGCAGUUUCUCUGUCAACAUGGGCCUGAUCACGAACGCCACUUCACGGUGAAAACGAAAUGAAGUGAGUACAACUUUAUUACGUACACUACGUGAGUGAGAAAAUGUGGAAGAGUUCAUCUGAAGUGUAAACUUGGCAACACGAAUGAACUCGGUGUUAUUAUGAUUGCCAUGGCCCCGAAAAAGUGUACACAUUUCGUAGUUUUUAGACACUUGUGUUUUGGAAGAUGAAUGGAAGGAGAAUAACGGAAAAUGGAGUAAGUUCGUUUUUAAUUAUAUUUCUAUUUUUUGUUAAUCAACGAACAUGAUUGAUACUUUUAGGGUUAAAAAGACAAACAAACAGCAAUUUGCUAGCCUGGUGCCUUCAUAGAGCAAUAUCCCGACGUUUCUAAAGGAUGUAAAUUUGUUCCUCGGGUAACGUUAACUGCGCUGUGGUUGACACUCAAAGAUUCGCUGAACAGCUUGGGUCCUCCAACACGUUCCGUUGCAGCAUGGCAAAAGGUAAGCUGGUUAAUCUUUGUUCUAUUCACUUUUUAAUUUUAAUUUACUGCUUUCUGGUUGAAGGUGUGGACAGCACUACUUAUGAUUUCAACUCUUAUUCUCGGGCCUUAUUACGGUUUACACGACACGGUGUACACAAAAUGUAGUGAGUACAACCUUAUUACGAACACUGCGUGAGUGAGGAAGUAUGGAAGAGUUCAUCCGAAGUGUAAACUUGGCAUUUUAUUACUUCGUUUUCACCGUGAAGUGACGUUUGUGAUCAGGCCCCAUAUCUCAAAAAUCAUUAGGACGGUUUCGUUGCCAUCUGCUUUUACUUCGUCCAUGUUCAUUUCUUUUUUUCACCGUGAAAUGAGCUUCACGGCAUAUUGAAAUGAACCCCCUCUCAGGCUGAACUCGUUUCUCUCUCUCUCAAAUUGAAUGAAGAGGCAGAUUUAUAUUCAUUCGCCACGCCAAUUAAAACAACCGUUUGCUUCAACUAAAAUUAAUGACGAACAUUAAGAGCGCAAAUAACGGAUGAUAGAGUCAUGUUUGGCAGCGAAUGCGUUCAUUGUGACUCAAUAACAAUAGAGAGAAAGGCGUUUGUGGAAAUGAUCCAUCUGGAAACUACGUGACUGAGAGGAAAGUUUAUUUUUAUGUUUCGUAUUCGAAAAUGUGGACCCGGGUUCAAAAUAUAACUUCAAAAGACAUUUAUCGGAGAUCAUGAUGCGCGAUGUGUUGCGCAAGCCUAUUAAAAACGAAAGAAACAAUUCAUAAUGGAAAAGCGCUUGUAACAGAAACAUAACUUAAAUGAAACGUAAACUUGAAGCGAAGUUCAAAGUAGUGAAUAUAUGACAAGGAAAUUACAUGUGAAACUUCACCGAAGAUCUGGAUUCCACUUUUACACGUGAAAAUUCACUGAGAAAAGAAAUUCAUCUACUUUGAAGAUCGGAAAAUAUAGUCUUGUAAUCAGCUAUCAAACCUGGACGUCACCUAACGAUCCAUGAGAAUGAACGUGAAUUUUGCCUUGUCCACUAUUCUUUCGCAAUUUCAUAUUUGAUGAUCUCGAUUGCAAUAGAGAUCAUGUAAUUUAACGCCGCUGAUUUUUUCUUUGUAGGGCCGUAAGCCAAAAUCAGUAUUGGAAAAGUAAUCUCAGAUGGAUCGAAUCGUGUGAGUGGUCGAACGAAUUUGAAUUGAUUAAUUAUUUAUUCAUUUUUUUUAGAUACACUAGCUGACCGGCAAACUUCAUCUCGCCCAAAAUUAUUUUUUUUGUCAUCAAUACCUUCAAGCAUUCACGUUUUCUUGCAAAGCGAACGUUCAUGGGUCCAAUCGCAGAACUGUUCAUUGAUGGAUCUUCUAUUAGACCCUUCAAAAUUACCUUUUAUUAUAAAAUUCUUAGUGCUUCUACCAAAACUUAUCAUUAUAAUAUCAGAUUAUUUUCAGACAAAACUGUAGUUCAACACAUGUUUCUCCGUUACAUGAAAUAAAUGUUUGAUACAGAAAAUAUGAUAGAAUAUAGACAGCGUUAAAUCGAACAAUUCCUUCCUCAAGUUUUGCUCUUAUAAACAUAUUCCGACGAUCCAUUUUUAUUUGUAUAGAUAGAAGAAG